AUGGAGCAGGCUGCUCUGAUGGACUGCUUUGUAGUGUUUAAAAAGGGAAACAAUUACUAUUGUUCAAAGGCCCAUCAUGCACAAAUGGAGCGGGAGCCUGUCGUGACCAAAGCACUGGAGUACGUAGCGCAGAUUAUUGCCCCGGAGCUCAAACCCAAGAAUGAGUCUGACCAGGUGUGUGAGCCAGCUACAACACUUGUCCCAGUGAGGAUUCUCGUGGAGUACGAGGGCAAGGAGGAAGGCCCCGCCCACAUCCCCGCCGCUGAGGCUGCAGCUUAUGUCACUCCAGUCCAGCCUCAAGAACCAUCAGCUCUACUUUGGCCUGUUAUUCUGCUAGCCCUGCUGGACUUCCUAACCUCUUCAGUUCAGCCUGAGUCCUGCACCUGCCUGCCACCACAUCUCACUCCGUUCAAGCACUCUUCCCCAGCUCCACUGCUGUCCGUCACCACCUAUGCACAACCCUCAGCCAGUUCUCACCUAUCCACAGGAUCCUCCACUCCACCUUGGUCCUUCGACCCUCAGACUCUGCCUAGGCUCCUAGCUCCAUCGUCUCCACCGUGGCCCGUCAUCCCAUCUUCUCCACUGGGGUCCCUCAUCCCUCCGGCUCCACCUUGGCUCCACUUUCGUCCUCUGGCUCCACCAUGGUCUUCCAGAUCCCUGCCUCCACCUCGGUCGCCGGAAUCUGCUGCUUCGCCUUGGCCCUCCAGAUCCUCACGGUCGCCUAGGCUCUGCGACUGCUUGGCUCUGUUUGGGUCACCAUCCAUGUCGCAGGAGCUCACACCCCUGGAUACUCUGCCAAGGUCCUUGAGGGAGCCUAGCUGCUUUGUGGAGUUGGUGCUUGUGAACAAUGAUUCACCACUCACCGUCUUCAAUGCCAACGAGGAACUCACCAGCCCCACUCUCAAACCAGAGCCUAGCCAGCCUUCACCCAGUGAAACGGAGCUAAUGCCUGGAGCGGGAGCCUGCCGUGACCAAAGCACUGGAGUACUGAGGAUUCUCGUGGAGUACGAGGGCAAGGAGGAAGGCCCCGCCCACAUCCCCGCCGCCGAGGCUGCAGCUUAUGUCACUCCAGUCCAGCCUCAAGAACCAUCACCUCUACUUUGGCCUGUUAUUCUGCUAGCCCUGCUGGACUUCCUAACCUCUUCAGUUCAGCCUGAGUCCUGCACCUGCCUGCCACCACAUCUCACUCCGUUCAAGCACUCUUCCCCAGCUCCACUGCUGUCCGUCACCACCUAUGCACAACCCUCAGCCAGUUCUCACCUAUCCACAGGAUCCUGCACUCCACCUUGGUCCUUCGACCCUCAGACUCUGCCUAGGCUCCUAGCUCCAUCGUCUCCACCGUGGCCCGUCAUCCCAUCUUCUCCACUGGGGUCCCUCAUCCCUCCGGCUCCACCUUGGCUCCACUUUCGUCCUCUGGCUCCACCAUGGUCUUCCAGAUCCCUGCCUCCACCUCGGUCGCCGGAAUCUGCUGCUUCGCCUUGGCCCUCCAGAUCCUCACGGUCGCCUAGGCUCUGCGACUGCUUGGCUCUGUUUGGGUCACCAUCCAUGUCGCAGGAGCUCACACCCCUGGAUACUCUGCCAAGCCUGAGUCCUGCACCUGCCUGCCACCACAUCUCACUCCGUUCAAGCACUCUUCCCCAGCUCCACUGCUGUCCGUCACCACCUAUGCACAACCCUCAGCCAGUUCUCACCUAUGUGGGACUGCAUCGGGGCUUCCUACCAUCAGCUCUGACUUGGCGUGAGGUUCCCCUGUCUCUGCCUCCAGCCACAGGAUCCUCCACUCCACCUUGGUCCUUCGACCCUCAGACUCUGCCUAGGCUCCUAGCUCCAUCGUCUCCACCGUGGCCCGUCAUCCCAUCUUCUCCACUGGGGUCCCUCAUCCUUCCGGCUCCACCUUGGCUCCACUUUCGUCCUCUGGCUCCACCAUGGUCUUCCAGAUCCCUGCCUCCACCUCGGUCGCCGGAAUCUGCUGCUUCGCCUUGGCCCUCCAGAUCCUCACGGUCGCCUAGGCUCUGCGACUGCUUGGCUCUGUUUGGGUCACCAUCCAUGCCGGCAUCGUCGCAGGAGCUCACACCCCUGGAUACUCUGCCAAGGUUUCCUCCAUGGCUCCUCCCUCCUGCGACUCCGCCGUGGGCCUUCGUCUUGCCUAGGCUCUGGUGGUUCACCAGCUGUCUCCUCCGGCUCUGGCCCGCCAUCCAUCUCAACACACUGCUGGCUCCUCGCUUCCCUGGUCCUGCCUGCUCCAUCCUCCAUCCCUUUGCCGUCUCCUAUCUUUUUCUGCCCGAUCUUAUCUUCCCUGUUGUCUCCAGUCACUAG